AUGUCCAUCAUAUCCAUCACCAUCUCCAUUAUGUCCAUCUCCACUCCACCCAAUCCCACCCCACAAAUGGAGAAGCUCAAGGCUGAACAGAACAAGCAGCCGCCGACGCCGCUCCUGACCCGCAAAUUUCUGGGGGAACCCCUGGGAGGUGCCGACCCUCGCCAGCUGGAGCCGCACGUCACCUACGUCCGGCACGAGCUGCGGCCAGAGCGCCUCCAGCCCAAGCUUGACCGCGUCCAGACUCUGACCAGCGAGGGAGGACCCUCUGAGCCACUCCCGACCACAGCCGCCGUCACCGUGGCCUCCCCUGCCGAGCCCUCGGUGGCCCCCAAGGCCGAGGAGCCCGGUGAGGUCUGGUCGGUGCUGCCGGAGCGGCGCCAGGAGCGCUGGUUGGAGCGUCAGGAGUCCAGCAAGCCGGAGCUGCCAUGGCACGAGGGGAAGGGCGGUGGCAAAGCCACCCUGUCCGACAUCGUGGAGCAGCUGCAGGAGAAGGAGGCGGGCGGGCCCGUGCCAGCUUUGCCCCGUGACCACGACUCCCCCGCCCGUCUCUGCCCUGGCCCUGAGGCUCUGCCGGAGAGGACCCCGAGGCUGGACUGUCCGUGGGAGCGGGACCGGCCGAAGCCGCGGCACCGGCCGCGCCCCAAGGACUCAGUGCAGGGUCCGGGGGAGCCGCGGCGCUCGCGGUCGGCGCUGGCACAGGGCAGCACGCCACUGCCGCCAAGCCCCGCACACACGGUGACGCACGAGGGGUUCCUGCUGCGCAAGCAUGAGCUCGACAGCGCCGACAAGAAGGCGUCCAACAGGUCCUGGGUGAACCUCUACUGCGUGCUGGCCAAGGGCAACCUGGGCUUCUACAAGGACGCCAAGGGCCCGGCGGCCGGCGCCACGCACGCCGGUGAGCCGCUGCUCAGCCUGCACCGCGCCGCCAGCGACGUGGCCAGCGACUACAAGAAGAAGAAAAACGUCUUCAAGCUCACGACCGGCGACGGGAGCGAGUUCCUGCUGCAGGCCAAGGACGAGGAGGACAUGCAGGGCUGGCUGCGGGCUCUGGCCGCCAGCGCCCAGGAACACGCCGAGCUGGCCCGGUGGCAGCAGGGCCUCCUCACCACCUCCUCCACCGACGAGGGGCUCCCACGGCGCGACCCCGACCGGCCCCGACGGAAGUGACUCCCCCAAAACCCCAAAUUUGGGGUCCCAAGCCCCCCCUCAAAACCCCAAUUGCGGGGUGCCGGUCCUUCCCAAACCCCUGAUUUGGGGUCCCAGCCUCCCAGUUUUAGGGUCCUGA